AUGACUUCCAGUGACAAUGACUCAAAGUUCAAGUAUUUUGGAAUCUUGCUUCUCACACUACAACAAGCUAGGUAAUUGUAUUUAUUUUCAUUCACAAGUUAAAACUUUUGUUCUUCAGCAUGCCUCUGAUGGCCAGAUACUCCAGGGCUAGAGAAGAUUCAAAUGUUUUCUUCACAACUGUUAAUGUUUUCAUGAUGGAGAUUAUCAAAGUUGUAGUGUGUUCUGCAAUUAUCAUUUAUACGAAUAAAUCCAUUUUCAAGUGAGUUUACAAUGUAUGUAUUGUCUCCUACUGAUAACUUCUUACAGAUACAUCAGCGAAUUGAAAAGCGCAAUUGUUGAUCACAAAUCUGAAACUCUGAAAGUGUGCAUUCCAGCGCUCAUCUACACUCUUCAGAACAACCUCUAUUACAUUGCCCUCUCGCAUCUGGAAGCCACUACAUUCUGUGUAAGAAGAGGGUUCUAGGAAUUUGUAGAAUAUAGGCGGGCAGGCUGGUAGAAACAAAAAAGUCAAGUGCAUCGGCGACAUGAAAAACAAACAGAGAUCAUAGAUGGAGGCGAACACAUCUUGGGCAAACAUCUCAUUCUUUUAGAUCACAUAUCAAAUGAAGAUAUUCACCACCGCCAUCUUCAUGUACUUCUUCCUCGGCAAGAACUUAUCGUCGAAGCAAUGGUGGGCACUGGUGAUGCUCGUGUUGGGAGUUGCGGAUAUACAAUACAUUUACUCGCCUCCCCCGAUCAGUGAUAAUAUUGAGCAGAACCCCAUGUACGGAUUCAUUGCCGUCCUCACGAUGUGCUUUACUUCAGCCUUUGCUGGUAGGAAUACGGGAUACUGUAGUGGUUGUUGGAGCUUGUUGUUUCAGGGGUGUACUUGGAGAAAGUUCUAAAGUCCUCCAACGCGUCCAUCUGGGUUCAAAACAUCCGACUUGCUCUGAUUGGCCUCCCCAUCUCUUUCCUCUCAAUGUGGUACUACGACUGGGACAAGAUCAGCGAACGUGAGUGACUCUUCUCGAGUUACACAAAUGGAUCUCAAAGAAAAAGUGUCUAUGAACAGGGGCAAGCCGGAAAGAUCGUCGGUCACAGACGGACGGGCAGGAGGUUUACAGUUGUGUGUUUAGUGUGGGGGGAUCUUGAUCCGUCCUCCCAUUCAUUGUUCACACCUCCUUCUCUAUUGUCGGCGGCUCGCCGAGAGGAAAGCACAACCGGGCAAGGCACAUGCUUGCCCCCGCGGGUUUUUGUGCGCCUUGUUUACACAAUGACCGACAGUCCAGAGCAUGCAAGAAGCUUCUGCUCCUGCUGCAUCAAGUGUUUCAAAACGGGCGACGGAUGAAUAACAAUGGUUUUGAGUGUGUGAGUGUGCGGGGCGAGAAGUGCUGCUGCCAAGAAGACACUUGUGCAGAACAGCCAGCGUUCCGGAAUGCCAAGAAAGGUUCGCAAACACAAGAGGCAACAGUGAUUUCUACCCCCUAGAACCCAAUUUUCUAUUUUUCCAGAGGGCGCCUUCCGAGGUUGGGACUUUGUUGUGAUCUGCUUGACAGUUACCAAUUCCAUUGGAGGAAUACUCAUUUCCGUCGUCAUCAAGUAUGCGGACAACAUACUCAAGGCUUAUGCGCAGGUACCCAUCUCACCGCAUUCCCCUAAUUUCUUUUGUUCUCCAGAGCAUGGCGAUCAUAGGAGCCGCCGUCGGCUCAUGGAUUCUUUUCGACUUCCAUCCCGGUUUUCUCUUCCUUCUCGGUACAUCCAUGGUCAUUUUCUCAAUCAUCGUGUACACGGCGUUCCCAUACAGGGAUCCCGAGUCCAAGCUCAGUUCUUACUUGAAAUCGCAACAGAAUUCCUCCCUUUUAAUGAUUAGGCCCGGAAAAUAA